AUGAAGAAAGGAAAGGUCACAGACGACAAUGAGCCCCCCACGUAUCAGGAGGCCACAGCAGGUUACCCUGACAUGGAGGCUCAGUUUGCGUGGGAUGAUAAAGUGAUUCGACAGACGUUCAUCAGGAAGGUGUACGCCAUCCUGCUCACACAGUUACUCAUGACCGUGGGGAUUGUGUGUCUCUUCACAUUCUGUGAGCCAGUGCGGUUCUACAUCCAGACUCACCCAGGCCUCUACUCUGCGUCUUACCUCAUGUUCUUUGCCACAUACAUCGCGCUGUCCUGCUGUGGAGAUCUGAGGCGACAGUUUCCAUGGAACGUCAUCCUGUUGGUUCUUUUUACUCUGAGCAUGGCGUUCAUGAUGGGCUUCAUGUCAAGUUUCUACAACACAAAGUCAGUGCUGUUGUGUUUGGGGAUCACGGCCAUGGUCUGCUUCUGUGUCACGAUCUUCAGCUUCCAGUCCAGGGUUGAUGUGACCUCUUGUCAGGGCGUGCUGUUUUCUCUGUGUAUGGUGAUGCUGCUCUGUGCCAUCACCAUCUCCAUCGUCGUCCCAUUCGGAUUUAUCCCUUGGUUACAUGCCACUUAUGCCGUUUUAGGAGCCAUUUUGUUCACUCUGUUCUUGGCGUUUGACACUCAGAUGUUAUUGGGAAACAAGCGCUACGCCAUCAGCCCAGAGGAGUACAUCUUCGCCACCCUGAGCAUCUACCUGGACAUCAUCUACCUCUUCAGCUUCAUGCUCAGCAUCUUCGGAGGAGGACGGGACUGA